AAAAUUUUCCUUUGGAUAUAGAAGUUGUUCCUGAAAUCAAUUCAUUGACAGGUUAUCGAAUUGUAGAUAUCAGAUACUUCCUAAAUAUAACAACUAAAAUUCAAGUACAACACAACAAGAGGUGCACUGGUGGACAAUUAGUUUAUCUAAAAGAAGUGCGAUGUGGGUUAAGAAGCACAUUUAUUUUAAAAUGCAACAUUUGUGACAAAGAAGUAUCAGUUUCAACAGAAAAUCCGAAAACAAGGUCCAAAAUUAAUAGAGCAGCUGUAUGGGGAACAUUUUCAGUAGGAAGCACCUACGCACAUUUAAUGGAAUUAUUGAAAGUAAUGGAUAUUCCAUGUUUAUCUAAAAAUUUGUAUUAUAAAAUUCAAAAUGAAUUGGAUCAGGUAUGGAAAGAAUCAUUAUGGCUUGCUUUGGAAGAAGCUGGAAAAUUAGAACGUGAAGCUGCAAUUAAGGAAGGACAUGUAGAUUCACAUGGCAUUCCAUAUAUAACUGAUGGAUAUUUAGAUGGAGGAUGGUCUAAACGAAGCUAUGGACAUACGUAUAAUGCAAAUUCUGGAGCUGCUGUUAUAAUAGGGAAAACAACAGGAAAAGUAUUAUUCGUAGGUGUAAGGAAUAAAUACUGUUGUAUUUGCGCUAGAGCCGAAAACAAUAAUGAAGCUGCUAAAACACAUAUUUGUUUUAAAAAUUGGUCCGGUUCAUCAUCUUCAAUGGAACAGGAUAUAAUAGUAGAGGGAUUUAAUAACAGCAUAGAAAUGCAUGGGUUGAAAUACUUAAAAUUUAUUGCAGAUGGUGAUUCCUCAGUUUUUAAAAAUAUUAAAGAAAAGGUACCAUAUGGACACGAGGUUGUUAAAAUUGAAUGCAUGAACCAUGUAUUAAAAAAUUUCAGUAAAAACCUUUACAAAAUUAAAAAAGAUACUCAAGGGGUCCCUGUUGAUGCCAGAAAGAUGUUAAAAAGCGAUACUAUUAAUGAACUAAAUAAAUCAGUUCAAUCUGCAAUUUACGCAAAUACGCAGGAUCCAGAAAAUCUAAGAGCCGAUAUUAGAAAUUCAAUAUAUCACGUUUAUGGUAAUCACAGUGCUUGCAAACAGUAUUUGUGCACCAAUACUGGAGACGUUUCUAAUGAUCGAACAACUCAACUUAUAUCUUCUGGCCUGUUGAGCAAUUAUUAA